AUGGUACUGGUGACGGAUUUCUUUAAGAAGUCUAAUGAUAAGAAACGUAAGAUCCAACAGCCUAAGGUUGAGGCAGUAAUUAAUAUAGAUGACGAGUCUGAUGAUAGUUUACAAGAGAUCUCACCUCCUAAGAAGGCCAGAAAGGUGGAGACUGACGUGGAGAUGCUAGAUGCACCAAAAUCGGAGAUUUCUGAACCGGUAAAGGUCGUUGAAACCAAGGCAAAGAAAUCACCCAAGAAAUCACCUGUGAAAAAACCUAAGGAAAAAUCUCCACCCAGUACUUCCACAUCCACUGGAGGUUCUGUAGACUCAGAAACUAUCCUUAAGUCGAUUCCUGAUGCUGAACUUCCCGAUCAAACGGAGAAAUUGAACUUCUUUCAACUUCAACAAAGAAAACAAGCAGCUGCUGGUCCUUCAGGUUCAGCUGAAAUCCCUGAAGCUCAACCUCAUUGCUUAUCGGGACUUACUAUGGUGUUUACAGGUCAAUUGCCUAGUUUGGAAAGAGAUCAGGCUGAAAGCAUCGCCAAAAGGUAUGGUGCCAAAGUCACCAAAUCCAUCAGUGGUAAAACUUCUGUGGUAGUUAUAGGAGAAGAAGCUGGUCCAUCGAAGGUUGAAAAGAUCAAAAAACUUAAGAUUAAAGCCAUUACUGAAGAGGGGUUCUUACAGUUAUUAGCAUCCAUGCCAGCCGAUGGUGGUGAUGGUGCUACUGCCAAACAAGCAGCUCAGAAAAGAGAACUUGAAGAAAGAAAGAUCAUUGAAGAAGCUGAAGAAGAAGAACGUUUAGAACGUCAACGAGCUGCUAAGAAGAAAGCUGAAAGAGAGGCUCAACUCCAAGCUGAAUCAUCUCAAGCAUCGCAAUCACAAUCCUCUGGUGAAAGACUUCCCCGAGAAGUCCCCAGGGAAAUCACCAACGAUGAGAAAUUAUGGACAGUCAAAUAUGCCCCUAAUCAGGCAUCUCAAUUAUGUGGGAAUAAAACCCAGGUGACACGAUUAAGAAACUGGCUUGAUAAUUGGUUUGAAAAUUCCAAAUCCGGAUUCAAAGGUAAUGGUGGUGAAGGAUCAAUGUUCAGAGCUGCUUUAAUCAGUGGACCUCCAGGUAUUGGUAAAACCAGUGCAGCUCAUUUGAUAGCUAAAGAAUGUGGAUAUGACAUUUUGGAGAAGAAUGCCAGUGAUGUCAGAUCCAAGACUCUUUUGAAUACCACCAUGAAGAGUGUUUUAAACAAUACUUCCGUGGUAGGAUUCUUCCAAAAAAGAUCCCAUACAAAUAAUGAAGGAGAUAUGUAUAAAGAAGGGAAUGAGAAAAAGUUCGUGUUAAUCAUGGAUGAAGUUGAUGGGAUGUCCAGUGGAGAUCAUGGAGGUGCUGGAGCAUUAUCACAGUUCUGUAAGAUCACUUCCAUGCCUAUGAUUCUUAUCUGUAACGAUAAAUCGUUACCAAAAAUGAGAACUUUCGAUAGAGUCACUUAUGAUCUUCCCUUCAGAAGACCUAGUGAAAAUGAAGUUAAGGCUCGUAUUAUGACCAUUUGUCAUCGUGAGAAGAUCAAAAUUGAUCCUUCCAUCAUCGGUCAAUUGGUCAGUACCACCAACAAUGAUAUUAGACAAAUGAUCAAUUUAUUGUCCACGGUUUCUAAAACCCAAAAAACUUUGGGAUACGAACAAAGUAAAGACUUCUCCAAAGCUUGGGCUAAACAAGUGGUUUUGAAACCUUUUGAUAUCACCGGUAAGCUUUUAUCUGGGGGAAUCUACGUCAACCCAAGUCAUAGUCUUAAUGAUAAAAUCGACUUGUAUUUCAAUGAUAUAGACUUUACACCAUUAAUGGUACAAGAGAACUAUCUCGCUACUGUUCCUCGUGAUAAGUCUCGUAGUCAUUUAGAAGCUGUUGCUCAAGCUGCUGAUGAUAUCAGUUUGAGUGAUCAUGUCAACUCACUCAUCAGAUCCAGUGAGCAACAAUGGAGUUUAUUACCUUUCCAUGCAGUUAUGUCAUCAGUUAAACCAGGUUUCACCGUAGGGGGACAAAUCACUCAAAGAAUUAACUUCGCGGGUUGGUUAGGACAGAACUCUAAACAGUUGAAAUAUCAAAGAAUCUUACAAGAACUUCAAUAUCAUACCAGAUUGAAGACAUCUACUGAUAAGAAGGAAUUGAGAUUAGAAUACAUUCCUACGCUCCUGAAAAGAUUAUCACAACCAUUCCUCGCUAAUGAUGACCUUGGUAUAGCUCCAGUUAUAGAUAUCAUGGAUGAAUACUACUUAACCAAAGAAGAUUGGGAUAAUAUCCUUGAUUUUGGAGUUGGAGAUUCCAAGGGAGAAAACAUCGUCAAGAAGAUUCCUACUAAAGUCAAGUCCGCGUUCACAAGGAAAUAUAAUUCCAUGACCCAUCCUAUCGCUAUAUAUAAGACAGGGAACUCUGUUGCGGGACGAGGUAACUCAGUCAAAGUUGAUUAUGAAGAUGUCAUUGAAGACGAUACCAGGGAUGAGAAGGAAGAAAAGGAAGAGGAUAACGGGAAGAUUGAUAAGAACGAUAAGUUGAUCAAGGAGGUUAAACCGAAGAAGAAACCGGUGAAGAGAAAGAAGACUUGA